ACUAAUGUGUUGUUGUGAGCAGUAUUGCAGUAGCUAGUUGUUAAACAGUGUAUAUGUACUCCAACAAGUUUAGUCGCCUUAUGUUAGGGCUGUGCUGCCGUAAAUCGUCCGCUGUCUGCGGUGUGGUCCGGAGCGGCUUUAGCUGGACUACCGUAUGUCAACAGCGGACACUGUGGCUGCAGAGGAACGACUUUCUGGAGAUGGAGAAACACACCGUGCUCCGUCAGACCGGGUUAGCCAAACCACCUGGUGCUCGGUCAGUCUCUCAAACUACAGUGGACCCCAGUGAGCUGAGGAGGUUCCAGUCACUGGCCAGCAAGUGGUGGGAUGAACAGGGAGAAUUUGCAGCUCUUCAUGCUAUGAAUGACCUGAGGGUGCCUUUUAUACGGGAUAACCUGCUGAAUGUGCACAGAGCACGUCAUCCUGGGAAACCACUGGCAGGACUGAGAAUCCUGGAUGUGGGCUGUGGAGGAGGCCUGCUUACGGAGCCACUGGGUCGCCUUGGCGCUACAGUGUUGGGUAUAGAUCCAGUAGAAAACAGCAUCGGCACCGCCCAGCUGCACUCCUCCUACGACCCGGACCUCCGUGACCAGGUGUCCUACCAGGCCUGCACCCUGGAGGAGCUGUCAGCAGAAGAGGAGGGAGGAGAGCAAGAGCAGGGAGCGGCCCAGUUCGACGCUGUUGUUGCGUCGGAGGUUGUGGAACAUCUGGCCGACCUGGAAACGUUUGCUUUCUGCUGCAGCAAUGUGCUGAAGCCAGGCGGCUCACUCUUCAUCACAACGAUAAAUAAAACCAACCUGUCAUAUGCGCUGGGUAUCAUCGUAGCCGAGCAGAUCCUACGCAUCGUUCCCAAUGGGACUCACGACUGGGAAAAGUUCAUCAGUCCAGAAGAGCUGGAGCGCCUCCUGGAGUCCAAUGGUUUCUCAGUGCAGUCUGUCCAGGGAAUGCUGUACAACCCACUGUCGGGAGCCUGGAGCUGGACUAACAGCACUGCCAUCAACUAUGCCCUCCACGCAGUCAGACUGAAAGAUGCAGCCGAGGACAGCAGCCCCCACCCGGAGGACCACGCUGCAGCCGCACACAGCUGAGCCAGUCCACUGGAGAGCAAGUCAGAAAAUGAAAAUAAUGAUUCAGAUUCAUGGAGCUCUGACGUCCCCUCGGCCAGCAGCUGUGAUGCAACACGAGACGGGGUUUAUUCGAGGGAAGGGACAAACAACCUCGAGAUCGAAUUAGAGAUGUGCCGUCGUCGCUGAGCCACACUCACAAUACGAUUGCACUAUGAUGUUGGAGAGUUUAAUAAAUGCUUAAUGUUUGAUAAGCUGUGCAAGGCAACUGUACAUCUCUAAUUCUGUCUUUCAGCAGCAGAGAAUCAAACAGCUGCAGAGAUGAGCAAAUAUUGUUCUGCAUCAGCUUGGUAUUGUAUGCUUUUGCAGGUUGCCAUUAAAUCUGACCUUUCAUCAGUGAAA